UAGAGAAGCUUAAUCACUCACAUAAUUAAGCUUAAGCCCUUUCCAGCUUAUUUAACCGAUUAAUAGAGAUUAAGAAUUUUAGGUUAAUUUCUUAUUGAAUAAAUUGAGAUAUAAUUUUGAUUUUGAUUUUGAUUUUGAUUUCUUAAUUUUAUAUUUUAAAUUAUUUUCAAAUUAGCAUAAAUGGCAAUCGUUAACGAUCCCAAUAAACCUCCAAAGGUUCCUCAAGGUUGGGUAGCUAAAUUUGAUGAUAAGUAUAAAACAUGGUUCUAUGUUAAUUUAGAAACUAAAAAAUCACAAUGGGAUGCUCCUAAGGGUACCGUGUUUGAAUCUGAGGAUGAUGCUCCUCCUUCAUAUGAUGAAAGACCAGCUGGUCCUCCACCUACAAAACCAACCGAACCAGCACAAGCUCAACAACAACGUUAUGCACAAGAACCACCAAGAAAUUAUCCUCAACCAGGUUAUGGAGGAGGUUAUCCUCCUCAACAAGGUUAUCCUCCACAACCAGGUUAUGGUUAUCCACCUCAACAACAAUAUUAUCCUCCACAACCUCAACAACAACAACAACCACAACGUAAUAAACCUGGUUUUGGUGCUGGAUCGAUGGCUCUUGGUGUAGGUGGUGGUUUAUUAGGUGGUAUGCUUUUAGGAGAAGCCAUAAAUGGAUUUGAAAAUCAUCAAGCUUAUGAUCAAGGAUAUCAGAAUGGUAUGGAUAAUGGUUAUAAUCAAGGUUAUGAUCAAGGAUUCGAUAAUGGAGGAUUUGAUAAUGGUGGAUUUGAUAAUGGAGGUGGUUUCGAUGGUGGAUUUGAUGGAGGCUUUUAGUGCCUUAGCUCAAUUUAAAUUAUCAUUAGUAAAAAGUAUUAUUAGAGAGCUCUAUAAAUGUUUU